GAUUAUUCAGUUUACAGAUCAAGAAAUAUCAUGUGUUCGAACCGUUUUAGCAUUUCUUUGAUUUUCCGCUGGAGCAGAUGGUAAACAUGGAUAAACUGCGUCUUUCCUAGAGUUGCCACUGCAUCAGGAAGAACGCAAAAACAUUCCGAUAUCAGUAAUCCGGUGUGUCCACCCCGGAAGUCCAGACCGGACAUGACAAAACGCAGAGCGCGCUCCGCCAGUAGAGUCCAAAAUCCCUCAAAAUCCCUUUGCGGGACGCCUUUUACUACUUCCGUAUCAUUCGGGAUUUAGAUAACUGCUUGUCAAUUAUUGCUGCUGAUCGCGUCUAUUCUUCCUUCUCCACUCUCAUUUAUUACGCGUUUGAGCUGGGCAGAUACCCAUCGGAUGGUCAAUGGCCACCGAUAGAUUCCGUGGCCGCUUUAGCCAUGUUUUGUCUGCACAUGUGUAUCUUCUCUACUGUCUAUAUGUAUUCAUCAAAGCAGGGUGUAGAAAUGGCGGAAGUGGCUGAUAUUUGCUUUAGUAUGGGCAAAUUUAAAUGGAAAAAAGAGGAGUGGAUUGCACUGUACGCCUCAGCUAAGCAACGGGAGCCGGCAUGUUUUACUGUGGCAGGUGUCAUCAUCACCCGGGAGAACGCUUUCCAGGUGGGUGCCGCAUUGAUCAGCACAUUACUGGUUUUCGCUGAACUUGCCAAUGGGAACAAAUUUCAGGAUUGCCAAGCAAAAGCUACUGAUAUCUGCGGCAACCAGGUACUGAUAACAGGUACACAGCACUCGUACAACUGCAACUGCGCUUUCGGACCUGAAACCACCGGGCUGCUUAACGUGCUAGGAAAGAUGAUCCAGCAGCAGUCAGGCGAACCGCGAGCACUUGAGUUUUUGCGUCAACGGAUCAGCAUCGAAAUUCAGCGAGGAAACGCAGCAUCUAUCAUGGGACAGCACCACCGACGGCGAAUUUAGACGAAAUCUUUUCUGUUAUUCGCCCGCCUGUGUUUAUAGAUGUUGCUGUGUAACUCGCUUGUGUUUUCAGCUUCUCAUGAACUUACUUGAAUUUGUGAAAAAAUUUUGUUACUCU